AUGAGCAGACUUCAGGGAAAGAACGUUUUGAUCACCGGUGCCUCCUCCGGAAUCGGUGAGGCUUGCGCCCGCCACUUUGCCCAGGCUGGAUCCAACUUGUUCUUGGCGGCUCGUCGUCAGGACCGUUUGGAUGCGUUGAAGCAAGAGUUGGAGGCCAAGUACCCCUCGAUCAAGAUCUUGACCCACGUCCUCGAUGUCCGUGUCAAGGCCAACGUCAACGCCGCCAUUGAUUUCUUUGGCGAUAUUGAUGUCCUCGUCAACAAUGCCGGUCUCGUGAUUGGAUUGGACAAGUUGGAGGAUAUCACCGAGGAGGCAAUGGACACCAUGAUCGACACCAACGUCAAGGGACUCGUCUAUGUCACCCAGGCCGUGAUCCCUGGCAUGCGUGCCCGCAACAAGGGCCAUGUCAUCAACAUUGGUUCUGUUGCCGGUCAACAGGCUUAUGGAAACGGAUCUAUCUACUGCGCCACCAAGGCUGCUGUCGCCUCCGUCACCCGUGCCCUCAUGCACGAGACCGUCGAUACCGCCAUCCGCGUCUCUGAGAUCAACCCUGGCUUGGUGGAGACAGAGUUCUCGGUGAUCAGAUUCCGUGGUGACAAGGACAAAGCUGACUCGGUCUACAAGGGUUUGGUCCCUUUGAACGGCGACGAUAUCGCCGAGACGGUUAUCUUUGUUGCCGGCCGUCCCGAUCACGUCAACAUUGCCGAGAUGCUCGUCUUCCCCACCAACCAGGCUGCUGCCACCACUGUCUACCGCAAGCCCUAA